CCCAUCGUUUACACAUCGAACGGACCUGUUCGAGGCCUGAUAUUGCGCACUGUGUGGCACUCGAUGAAGUACUCCUCGUUCAAGGGAAUCCCUUAUGCCAAACCACCCCUCGGUGACCUGAGAUUCAAGCCUCCAGUUCCGAUAGAUCCUUGGAAAAAAGUGUUACACGCCUACGAAGAGGGCAGCGUAUGCGCUCAAUGGGACUAUUUAUCGCUUCUCUACAUGGGAAGCGAGGAUUGCUUGUUCUUGAACGUUUUUACUCGCGAGGUGGAAUUCAAGAAACGGAUAAAUUUGAGGCCGGUCAUGGUUUGGAUACACGGUGGUGGUUAUUUCUCAGGAUACAGCAAUUCGUCCUUGUACGGUCCUGAUUUCUUUCUGGAGGAAGAUGUCGUUUUAGUCAGUUUCAAUUAUCGACUUGGCGCACUAGGAUUCCUGGCAUUGAAACAUCCUAAUGCAACUGGCAAUGCUGGCUUGAAAGACCAACGGUUAGUCUUCCAGUGGGUGCAAAAUAACAUAGCUGCGUUUGGAGGCGAUCCAAAUCAAGUAACAAUCUUUGGGGAAAGUGCUGGUAGUAGUUCCAUUGGUUUCCACAUAUUGUCAGAACGGUCCAAAGGAUUGUUUCUUCGAUCGAUCAGCAUGAGCGGCAGCCCAUUGUGUCCUUGGGCGUAUCACUCACCCGAAGAGAUGAUUCGGAAUGCUCAUCAACUUGCAACCGUUCUCGAUUACGUCCCCAAGGAUCACGACGAUUUGGUGAAUUAUCUUCGCCAAGUACCUCUGAUGGAACUCAUACGCGCAUCGACUAAAGUUGAAAUGAACUUGCUUCCAUUUCGACCUACUAUAGAAGAUCCCGACAUCGAUCCUAGCAAUAGCACGGUGAUAACAGAAUGUCCAAUAACGAAAUAUCACAACGGGGAUUUUUAUCGUCACGAUAUAAUGCUCGGUUACACUCACGACGAAGUUUUCUUCUUUUUCGGUCCUCCGAUCGGGGUGGCAAACACGAUCAAUUGGGCGAAAAAAUAUCUACAAAACGCUGCUAAAGAAAACAGAGAUAUCGGUGAAGAGCCGAAAGCGCUGCUCGCGCGGGUUGUAAACGAUCUCGUUAAAGCUAGUUUCAAGCAGGUCAAGAAGAUAGGGAUGGAUAUAUUUUUCAGCGGCCCUAUCGAUUUGACUCAAAGAUUAUUAGCAAAGCACAAUAAGGGCCAUCCUAUUUAUUAUUAUAGGUUGUCGUAUCAAUCAAAGUAUGCUUUGCACAAAUUCAAGGACAAUCCAUUGAACGGAACUGCACAUUUUGACGACGUUGGAUACAUAUUCAAUUCAAAAUUACCUCGCACGCCGUCCAAUCCUAAGAACAGUUUCAAUCGAUUUAGGAAGAAGAUGGUUGCUUUGUGGGCUAACUUUGCUAAAUAUGGGAAUCCUACUCCAAAAAAUUUUUCUUUCGACGUCAAGUGGAUAAAAUCUGAGAGGGAAGGUUUUCAAUUGAAUAUUAAUACCAUCUCCACGAUGCAUAAACGAUUGAUCGACAAAAAGACUGAAUACGUGGAGAAAUUGCUUUACAAGUUAUUCCCAUUGAUCACUUCUUGCGUGAAAAAGCCUACGAAUUUUAUAGAUCUUUUCUAA